UUAUAACGGCCUAUGCGGAAUGUAACAGCUCGUUAAUAAAAGAGAAGCGAGGAAGAGAAACUGAUCGUGCACGAAGCUCAUGCUUCAGAAGAGAAUCGAGGAAAGAGAAAUUGAUCGACGCACGAUGUACCAAGCUCGUGCUUUAGAAAGAGUAGAGAGUAGAGAAAGGUGUAGAGAUUUGCCGGUUUGGUGGCGGUACGCACGAGCAGGCGCCCGGCGGCGUACGAAAUUAGCUCGGGGGCGUACAGGUCGCUCUCGUCUGGCUCGGGGCUGGGUCCGCUGCCGUGGUGGCCGUCCACCGGGCGAGCCGUCGAGGUACCCAAUUUCUGCCAUGGCGAUCCGCCCGGACCAAUGCUCGAUUCUCCAUCUGACCAUCGUCGGUAAGCCUCCUGCCCCACUACCGCCCUCCAAAGCGGCGCGCGCGCCACCGCCAUCUCCACCCACGCCCACCUUGCUGCCGCGGCCGCCCCGUACCGCUACCGCGCCCUCGAUCUGACCCCACGGGGCAGGAUGGACAAAGGGAAAUCGGUGGUGGCCGAGCUGGUGGCGUCGUUCAGCGAUGUCCGUGUCACGCCGCGCCAGCCGCCAGAACCCCAAGCCAAGAGCUUCCUACCGUCGCCCUCCUUCUGUAAGCUCCCUGCCGCCUGUUCGCUUAUGUUGGGUAACUGGCUAGGCUGACUGUGUAUUGGUUAUGGCUGCUUGAAGUUUUCCGUGAUUUAUUUCAUGUGUUGGCGUCUCCUGCAAAACGAGAGAUGCACAUAAUUAAGAAUUUUCUAGGAUCAUAAAGCAGUGAUGGGUUUGAUUGAUUAACUUUAGGGCAUUUUUCCUGAUUGCCCACCAAUUUCCGCCAUGGCAAUCCGCCCGGACUAAUGCCCGAUUCUCCAUCUGACGAUCCUCGGUAGGUUUGGUCCUGCGUGAUUCACAUGUCUCGUCAGGUUCUUGCGGGUUCUUUUGUUUUUUUGUUGUUGUGGUUCGUCUUGUGGAUUUCCUUGUUGCCUGGUCGAGUAUUUAUAUUUUUCAUCGGCCCAUUCGCGACGAUUCUCUUGCUGUCGCCCGGAGAGAAAAUGCUUCUGGCGUCUUCCUCACCCUCCCGUUCUAUAUUGCAGAAUUGAGCUUUUUCCUGCAGAGUCUUGGAUUUUGUUGCAUUAUGACUUUGCGAUCAUCAAUGAACAUAGACGAAAACAUAUACUCCAUGACAGCGAGGAUACAACUUUUCACCCAAAUAAAUUGGUAGAGUCACUCAUCAAAUAUGAUUAUAUGUCGUCGCAAUACAUGAACUAUUUUAUGCUACUCAUUUGACUACAAAUGCAGUGACAGCUACUGCACCCCUUGUUAAUUUGAAACACGUACGUAUUAUAUGUAUAUAUGCAUAUGAAGAGCUUAACUUAGUCAAAAAGGACUGACUGGCCUGCACGUCUUCUCCAGUUCUAUUUUGCUGCCAGUUCAGAGUUUGGACACUGCUUGGACUUGGAGUGGCAUUUCAAGCCAGCUAAGGGUCCAGAUCCACCAUCCAUGGCUGUGCUUCCAACGCGUCAGGAUCCCUUAUUAAAUAUCCCGGCAGCGCCUUCUCCACUCCCUGCUGGCCGUCUUGAGCAUGAGCAUGAUGGACCUACUCCUUUUCUUUUUCCAGCCAGGAGAAUCAACAACUUGGCCCUUGCAAGCACGGUGCUUCCAAAACGUGUGCCGCUCCAUUUAUUACAGAAAAUAACAAAUGAUUUCUCUAAGGACCGUGAACUUGGUUCCGGUGCAUACGGAAAAGUUUACAAGGGAGUGCAUAAAAAUGGCGAAACGAUGGCUGUCAAGUUGCUUCACUCCAUGGCUGGACUUGAUGAUAAACUUUUUGAGGAGGAGUUUCACAACAUUGCAAGACUCCAACACAAGAAUAUUGUGCGUCUUGUUGGCUUUUGCCAUGAAACUCAACGCCAAUUCAUACCGCACGAUGGAAAAAUGAUUUUUGCUGAUAGCAAAUAUAUGGCCCUUUGCUUCGAAUAUAUGCAUAAUGGAAGCCUUGACAAGUUCAUUAUUGAUGAAAAUAGUGUCCAUGACUGGUCCACACGCUAUGCAAUAAUCAAGGGGAUCUGUGAGGGCUUGAAAUACCUUCACGAGGAAUUGAAUCCUCCUAUUUAUCAUUUGGAUUUAAAACCAGCUAAUAUUUUGUUGGAUGACAAUAUGAUGCCAAAGCUUGCAGAUUUUGGCUUGUCAAAGAUUUUUGAACAGGAACGAACACGAAUCACACAAAGUUGUGUAGGAACACAUGGAUAUCUACCACCAGAAUAUAUAGACAGGAAAGUAAUCUCAAAUAAGCUUGACAUAUUCAGUCUGGGUGUCAUCAUCAUAAAGAUUAUAAGUGGACCUACAGGUUACACCCAGUGUGCUGAAAUGCCUUCCAAACAAUUUGUUGAGCUUGUACAUGAAAAAUGGAGGAAUAAGUUACAAACAACAAUGGAUGCAGCUGCAUUGGAGACAUAUUGUGAACAAGUAGUGAGAUGCAUUGAAAUGGCUUUAAGUUGUGUGGAGACCGAUCGGCACAAAAGGCCGAGUAUAGGGGCUAUUAUUGAUGAGCUAAAUAAGAUGGAGACAAAUACCGACCAGGUAUUUUCAGUGGAUAUAUGCUCGACUCCAGCACAAACACAACCACCACCCCUUCCUGAUUCUAGCCACAGCACAGAAGAAACAAGCAACACAAAGGGAGUUAGCAGACUGGGACCGAGAGAGUACGUACAGAGCACAAUGCGGGACCUGGUAAUUGGGAUAACCAAGUCGGUGGUGGAGGGGGUGAUCAGCAAGGCCCAGUCGGUGAUGGAGGAAGAAAAUAUGCUACUUAUUAGCAUGCAGCAUGACCUCCACUUCAUCACCGAUGAGUUUCAGAUGAUCUAUUCAUUCCUUAGCAUCACUGAUGAGGAGCGUAUCAACAACGCGGUAGUGAGGAUCUGGGUGAUGCAGACGCGUGGUCUGGCCUAUGACCUGGAAGACUACAUGGAUGCCUUCUCCUGCCUGGACAAGACCAGAAAAUGGUGGUCCCGCUUGUUCCGAGCAUGCCUGGCACCACCGGGGUCUCCAUACAUGUCAGUGACAUCUCUGGCCGUGGAACUCAAGCAUCUAAAGGCAAGGGUCGAGGACGUUAGCCACAGGAACACUCGGUAUAACCUCAUCAGCGACGCCGGCUCAAAGCCCGGCCUCGUGAGGCAACAGCCGGUGCCUCCUGGUGCUGUGGCAUACGAAAACGACACAAGAAGGAAACACAUCUUAGGGGAUCUCACCCAGCUUAUCACCAACAAGGACGAUGCUGAUCUUCAAUUGAUUUCAAUGUGGGGUGCAGGUGGAGGCACCGGGACGACAUCCAUCAUAAGGAAGUGCUACAGUGAUCCAGAGAUCAUCCAAAAUUUCAUAUGCCGAGCCUGGGUCAACCUCAGCCAUCCAUUCAACCCCCAUGAGUUUGUGCGGUCUUUGAUGGCUCACUUUUAUGCAAACAGUUGCCAAGAAAGACAAGGAGGGAUCAUCGGUGUUGAUGUCCUAACUAGCAUGGAUGCGACUGCCACCCAGGGGGAUCUCCUCAGCGAGUUCGUUCAGCUAGUUGACAAGAACAGGUACCUUGUUGUCUUGGAAGACCUGCCCACCAUGGCAGAGUGGGACUCUAUCAGGACGUUCCUUCCCGACAGAAAGAAUGGCAGCUGGAUCAUCGUGUCCUCGCAGAAAUAUGAAAUUGCAAGUUUAUGUGUCGGACAUCCCUACCAAAUAUUGGACCUGAAGCAGUCCUCGCCCACUGAGCACUCCGUAUGUGCCUUCUUGAGAGAGGAGGUCACAUUAAAAGAAAAAAAAGGAGGCAAUAGAAAAGAAAAAAUUUAUGUCGGAGAUGAAAGCGAGGUGAACAACGGUAGUACAUCAACCAACAGCAAGGUGAUAUCAACUGAGUAUGACUUAAGCCAUAACCAUAGGAUGGUCGCCAACUCUAAAUGGAAAGAAGCCAGAGACUGGAUGCAGAAUUCUUCCCUUGUCGGACGCAGAUUGCAGAUGUAUCAAAUUCAUCGCUGUAUAGCUGAAGCACAAAGGAACCAUUCCCAUGUUAUGUCUGUUUGGGGAAUAGUUGGCGUUGGGAAAUCAGCUAUUGUCAGAAAUUUUUACUGCGACAGGAUACUUGAGAAUCAGCAAUUUCAAGAAUACGGUUGGGUGGAUUUAUCACACUCCCAACCCUUCAAUUUGAAGGACUUCUCACAGAACUUGCUUACGAAUUUUCAAUCAGAUUCUCUUCAAGCCAAUGAAACUACACCCUCUCGUGGUAUACUGGGGACAGUCCGAAAAUGUUGUGAGUUUCUAAGUACACGUCAUUGCCUCGUGGUCAUAGAUGGCCUUCAGUCCAAAGAGGAAUGGGAUUUGAUACAAUCAUCAUUGGUAUCUAGAUACUCUAAAUCUAAUACUAUUAUCAUUGUGAUAACAACUGAAGCAAGCAUUGCAGCAUACUGCGCAGAUAAGGAUGACCUUGUGUUUAAUGUCAAAACUUUAGAAACUGAUGCAGCCUUUGAUCUCUUCGAAAAUGAGAUAUCUAAGAAGGCUCCGUUGUGGACCACUUCAUUAUGUGAUCGAGGAAAUUCAGUGACGCAAGAACUUGUUUCAAAGUGCGGGGGGCUCCCAAUGGUAAUAGUGGCUAUAGCUGGCAUAUUGGCUACCAAGGUAGUCUCCUGGAUGGACACUGCAACAUCCAUCAAUUUGAGGUUUAUGUUUGAGCUAGAGAUCAAUCCAGACCUGCAGGAUCUGUUUAGCUGGGUGCAUUCCUGCUUCCGUACUUGUCCAGAUUUCAUCAAGCCAUGUAUCUUCUACCUAUCAUUUUUUCCAAGAGACCACAACAUUCGACGAAGGCGUCUAGUAAGGCGUUGGAUCGCUGAGGGUUACUGCAGGGACAGUGAUGAUAAAUCUGCAGAGGAGAAUGGGGAGUUCUUCUUCUCCAAACUCCUCGGUAUGAGCAUAAUCCAACCGGAGUCCAGUGACGCGAGGAUGGUCUCGUGUCAAAUCAAUGGAUUUUUCCGUGAGUGCAUCCUCUCACGGUCAGGGGAAAUGGAAGACCUUGUCAUUGAACUGGCCGACAGAUGCAACCUAACCACCCAACGCAGUGGGCGUCAUCUUGUCAUAUCGGAAAGCUGGGACAGAGAUAAGAUUUUAUUCGAGAGCAUCGACUUCUCACGGCUACGGUCAAUGACAGUGUUUGGAAUGUGGAAAUCAUUCUUCAUCUCCAAAAGUAUGAAGCUUGUCCGGGUGUUGGAUCUGGAAGAUGCAUUAGGUUUAACAGAUGAAAAUGUUGAUCAGAUGGUGAAGCUGUUGCCUUGCCUCAAGUUCCUUUCUCUACGAGGAUGCCAAAAGAUAUCACAUCUGCCUAGCUCAUUAGGUGAUCUGAGGCUGCUUCAGACUCUGGAUGUGGUGAACACCUCCAUAGUCACUUUGCCAGCAAGUAUCACCAAACUAAAAAAGCUGCAGUACAUCCGUGGCGGCACAACUUCUAUCACAUCAGAGGAUCCAUUAGUGCCACAUACUUCUGUAUCCUGGUUGUCCAAGUUCCGUCGCAGUCCUCUUGGUGGUCUUGAGGUUCCCAGUGGGAUCGGGGAACUGACGGGAUUGCACACGCUUGGUGUAGUUGAUAUUGGUGCUUCAGCGGCGGAGGCCAUACUGAGAGAGCUAAAGAAGCUCACCCAAUUGCGCAAGCUGGGAGUGUUCGGCGUCAACAGCAAUAACUGUGGAGCGUUUGUGUCUGCAAUAUCGGGUCAUUUCCAUCUGGAAUCCUUGUCAGUGUGGCUGGACGAAGAAAAUGGACGUUGUUCGGAUUGCAUAUUCGUGCCUUUAAAGAACCUACGGAGCCUCAAACUUUACGGGGUUUUAAACAGAUUACCAUUGAUCAACCAGCUCAGCAAGCUCACAAAGUUGGAUUUGGAGAUAACCACAUUAAUGCAAGAGGACAUAAGUUUUCUUGGCAAGCUACCAACACUAUGCAUUCUGCGCCUUUGUGUUGAAGAUGUCAAUGCCCCGUUCCGUUUUAGUGUUUUUACCAAUGGAGUUGAGGAGCGCUCUUAUCAGAAGCUCAAGGUGCUUGAGAUUGCUUGCAGGUCCAGCUUAAGUGUGACUUUUGGAUCAGAGGCAAUGAAAAACCUUGAUCUGCUGAAACUUGACUGCUGCAGUGGGCAGUUACGUCGGCUUUUUGGCCUGCUUCAUCUAUCUGAACUCAAGGAAGUCUGGCUGAAGGGCUCCUACGAGGAAACGCUGAAGCAUGACCUAGAGGUCCAGCUUGCAGCCCACCCAAACAAUCCUGUGCUGAAACUGGGGAAAAAUACGCUGUGUACGCUAUCUUGGAUGGCGUAGAGGCUGGGACCUUAUUUUUUUCCAUUAUCUAAAAAAACUGGGGGAAGAAGUGCCACGUCAGUAGACCUGAUGUAUGCUAAUUAACCUCUGGAAUGCCAUUCGCCCAUUCCCUUC